CCCAAUCUUGGCUCUUGAGACUCGCUGCAUCUGGCAUAUGGCAUAAACAAAGCAUUGUCCCAAUCAAGCUCUCGGUAUUCUUUGUACAGGAGACAACUCAUGCAUAUGGGCCUGGCUAACCCUCUACCCAUUCUUCCUCCUUUCCAAGCCCAGUCCGCGAUCGCCAGCCUGGGGUCCUUUAACCGCUGCGCUACCCCGGUUCCGGCAGGUCGGCUGCGCGCAUUUCGGCACUCGACCUCCUGGAUCUGUCCAAGACUCCCCCGCUGGGGUGGGAUACAGCUGGAGUCCGAGGGGGGGUGCAUGGAGUCGAGGGUGACAUUGUCCCUUCUGCACCUACCACUUAAUCUAUCUCGACUUUGGCGACUUGCUCAAUCUAGGCGUGACGGCCGAGACACAAAAGGUCCAUUGAUCUGUUUGGGUCUGAUUGUCCCAUAUGGCCCCAACCCCCCCGGUCUCGUCAGCGGUGAGCCUGUCAAAAGAAGCCCGGGAGUGUCUCUCUGGUUACGUGCUCGUCUGAUGGGGUCGAUAGGUCCCUGGCCAACGCACACGCAUUUUCCCCUCGGCUUUAGUAAACUUUCACUCCCCUUGAGGGACCCCUAAGACAGGGACCGGAGCGCCAUUUCAACGCAGGAGCCGCGGGACGAUCACUAGGGGGUUUGGUUGGUUUCCCAAAGGUCUUGGUUGUUUACCUUCCUCACUGAGAACCGUCGAGCGAGAUGCGGGCUGAGGGCUGGGGUCGCAUAGCUUGUGGAUUGCAUGUAUGCGGAACUUUUGUGCUGCCAACCCGCACCGCCUCUUGUUCUGAUCGGGCAGGUCUCCUGUCCAUCAGUUCAGCCUAGGGACACACACACACAGAGAGAGAGGGAGAGAGAGAGAGAGAGAGAG